AUGGUCAAUCCCUCAUACACCGUUUUCAUUGCACACCGUGACCCUACAAAAUGCCCACUGGGCGCUUUUGCAAUGUACUUUCACUGGUUGUACGACCAGAAGGAACUGCUCCAUGUUCUCGAUAUUGACUGGGAGAAAAGUACGAGCUGGAGAGGAAUCUUCCUGCUCCAUGGACCAUCUUUCCCAGACACGGCAUUCAACCAACAGAGCCUGUACAACCUAUAUGCAAAAGCAUUUGAUGUUGCAGGCUUCGAGUCGCGAGUCAAGGCACACCUUCCACGACAUCUACUAGGAUAUGAUCAGGCCAAGAUGAAUGUCGAGGCCAGCGAGACGUCCAAGAUGGGGUGGGAAAGAGGCCAAACGUAUGCAGAUGUUUAUUCCGCUGCACUUCCCAAGAAUGCAAUCCUUGCUCAAGCUGGCUUUUGGAACGACGAGGCCUAUGAUCCUGUUCAUACAUGCAUCAUUGUUCCGAUCCAAUUUCUUGCACUCGUGUGCCCAAUGGCAGAGAAGUACCUUGCUCAAGUCAAUGGUAAACAUGUUUGUUCUUUUGCAAUCGUUCAUUUCUCCGACCGUAUCUCUUCCAGGCUGCUAGUGCGGAUGGAUAGGUUGGAGAAUGUGAUUGAGCGGCGCACAGCUCAGUUCUCGCCGUCGAAGGGAUUUAGUGUGGCAAGCUAUAAUCAGCAGGUUGCAGGCAAUGCGUCACACCGUGCAUCAACAUCUCCUAUUAUCCUCCAUGUUGAUACAAACAACUCGCCUACGGGGACAUACAAGCAUGCUGAUGGUCUACGGGCCUUUGCUUCCCCCCCUUCUGUCGAUGCACCAAGACCGACAACACAAGUUGACUACGUCCUACCUCCAAUCACAGCUUUCUACAAGUCUGACAGUCUCAUAGGCUUCAUGCCUCCAUUCAUGGGGCAGAAAGCAAUUACUUGGUCCAUGGUCUUCCUUGCUAUCAAGCAGCCCAGCUACUGUUGGAAGGCCUGGGCUCCGUCAAAGACCAUCGGGCAGUUCGAGGAUGUCGCUGAAGUGUGGCGUGUUUGGACAGAAGGUGAACCGAGAACCGACGCAAAUGGUGUCCAAACAGGGAUGAGGCCACCACUUCGCCUUGUAGAGGAGACAUUUGGGCAUUGCUGGCGUACUGGCAAUCAGAUAGGUUCGAAAACGGAAAGGACAACUGCACGCAAACGAUGGGAACAUUUCCGCGAGAUCCCGGAAUGGAUCGCCACAGAGUCGGAACGUUGUGCUGUUGCACCAGCUGUCAUCAUACAAGAGCUCGAAGAAUUGCGGGAGCGCUCUGAGGGCGCACAGAGGAUCAAUCUGUCGACAUUGACUGAUGAGGUCAAGGCAAAGCGAGAGUUACGACAGAAAGCAUCCGUAGCCACCAUAGUGUUGGUCCCACCUUCUCCACCAAUGCCUGCUGUCCCUGUAUGUGACGCAACAAUUGGCGCGGUCGAGGUCAUUGUUGCACCAUUGCAACCUGCCAUCGCUCUUCUUUCCGCUGAUGUCGAGGGCAUUCCGCAAAAGCCUACUCGGAAACGACGCGCAAAACCAAUAGCAGUGCGGCGUCCCUCAAAGAAACAGAAGGAGGUGUAA